AUGUUCUCUCUCAGGAAUUCAGUGCGCCAAAUGCCCCGGUGGGCACAGAUUCGCUCUGUGUCGACCUUGGAAGGCAAUCCUCACAUAUACGUGUUUCCCAAGAAUGGCACCAACAUACUGUCCUUGCUCCCUUCUGAGCCAACCAAUCCCGACCUGGCCAUCGGUGUCUCAUCCAAACUACCUCCGACGCCAGACUCAUUCAAAGAGAACCCUAAGUUCCUGGAAACUUUGCAAGAUGUCAUGACUGAGCAUGGCCACAAAGAUCCCGACGCUAUAUCGCAAGCACAGGUCAUGGUGUCUACGUCAGGAGCUAAUCUGAGCACCGGCGGGGUGCUUUUGACUGGGGGACGUACGAGGAAACGCCGCAGCGAGGGCGAUUCCAGCGGCGGAGCCAGUGGUCAAGGCGGCGCUGGCUCGGCUGGGAGAGGUGGUUGGAUUCAUCUUUCGGACAACCGACGGCCACCUGAGUAUGGCCGUAUCGCUUGGCCGGAAGAUAUCUUCGGGAGCUUGGAAGUCGACGGGGAAGGAAACUUCGUGGGUGGGAACGGUAACUACCAGUCGAGCGGGACGUAUCGCGUUGUGACUCGGGAUGGAAUUCUGGGGCUGAGCCCAUUUCUGCGAGAAAAGCUGGUGCAAAAGCUGCGCCAGCAGGAG